UCUGUUUUUAGGUUCUUACAUGUAAAAAAUGUUCAGUGGAUCAGGUGCUUAUGAGUUCAAAGCAGAAUUUUGGUUCAUAGCUAAUGGGAACACUAUAAGACAGUAGUGCCAUAAGAGCGAUACUAUGUAAUCUGCCAAGAGAAAUAGUGAGACUCCAAUAGUUUGAGUCAUUUGAAGUUCAAUUGGACAAAGCACUGGAGAAUAUACUGUGUAGAUCCAACAAGAUGUCUGGUCCCAGCCCUCAAGGUCACAACUGGAGCCAGAAGUCAGAAGACGAGGAGGAUCCCUUGGAUCAAAUGAUCUUGCGCACUGGCUGUGCCACUUUCCAUUAUGCGGUGCAGGAGUGCAUGGCCGAACACCAGGACUGGAGGAAGUGUCAGCAGCAGGUACAGGCCUUCAAGGACUGCAUGAAGGAACAUCAGAAGCAACGAAUGGAGGAACUGCAGAAGAGGCGAAUGUUAGCCCAGGCCAAGAGCUCAUAGAAAAGACUCAAGCUUGAAGCUCAAGAGAUCCAAGAGUCUAACUCAGCCAGAGCAUGGAGAAUUUAACUUCUGAGAAGUAUCCUGCUGAAUCAAAGAGGAAUAAAACCUACUCCCUCUUGGGACUUGGCACGUGCGUUAAGGGGACUGAUCAAAGUAAUCAGGAUGGGGGUGACUUUGCUGCUGCUGUCACUGAAUAUUUUUUAUAGUGGAAAUACCAGGUAAAAUUUUAUUUUAAAUUUUCUGGUGAAAAAAUAAAUGGAUUCAUUGUUCCUA